AUGGCCACUGAUUUCUGGGCCAGUUCGCACUACAAACGAUGGAUAGUAGAUCGGGCUACCUUGAAGGAGUCUCGUUCAGAUGACCUACAAUACGUAGACGAUCCAGAGUACCUCGAUUUUUUUGCAAUUUUCUUUGCCAAUGUUAUAACGAAACUAGGAAAAAAGCUCAACUUCAGGCAGCGCGUCAUCGCAACAGCCAUUGUAUUUUUUCGAAGAUUUUACAUCAAAAACUCGUACUGCGAAACCGAUCCAUUUAUUGUCAUCGCAGCAUGCUGUUACGUGGCUGGGAAGGCGGAGGAGUCGCCCGUGCACAUUAAGAAUAUGGUAGCAGAGGCUCGCCUUUUCUUCAGCCAACAGCCGUAUGGCGUGAAAUAUUUUCCUUCUGAUAAUUCCAAACUUGCCGAGAUGGAGUUCUACCUCGUUGCGGAUCUCGAAUGUGAUCUCACUGUUUUCCAUCCAUAUCGCACGUUGCUGUCCAUUUGCAAGAAGGAGAGCUCGAACGACUUACAGACAGAAGCUGGUGAAGUGGGAGUGGGAGUGGAUGACGGACCACGGUAUUGGGGAAGUGGAGAUGGGCAACUCGAGUUGCCAGAUGAUGCGUUUCAGCUAGCUUGGUCUAUCAUCAACGACACAUAUCGCUCAGAUCUUUGCUUGCUUUAUCCUCCCCAUCUACUCGCCAUCACGGCACUCUAUCUCGCUGUGGUUUUACACGGUCCAACUAGAGAGCUCUUGCAACAGCAGUCUCAUUCAGUUGAAGUGACACCAGUCCACAGCUCCCCGAGAAGAUCAUCGCGGCAAAGUUCUAGUACAUCAUUGGGUCACGCAAAGAAACCCUCCCAGGACUUUGUUGCCUUCUUUGCUGAACUUAACAUUUCGAUGCCAUUAGUCGCCACUAUUGCACAAGAAAUCAUUUCGCUGUACACACUCUGGGAGCGGUACCUUGAAGACUCUGAUCUCGUCGAUUCUGCAAAGAGUGCAUUCCACGGACAUGCUCAGGCACAACUAGGAGCGAGCCAUAGCGGGGUAUCUACGCCUGUAGAGAACCUGGACGAUGCACAGAGGCCGCAUGGUGCCACGCCGACUUUUUUACUGCAAGUCUUGAUGAGGAUGAGGGAGAACAGGUUGUCGGAUAUGGCGCUCGCGUCUUCUGGGAGGCCUGUUGCGGUGAAUAAGAUGUUAGAGCGGACUCAGGCUGCUGGGUGA